AUGAAUGAGAAAGAAGAUUUAUGGAAUGAUUAUCAGGCACGUGCUGCAACUAUUCCGUCAUGGUACACUAUCGCUAACUCGCGCCCGCCUCAAUCUUUGAAUGCACGGUUGGACUACAGCAAACUGAACUCUGCCCACCAAGUGUUUGGUGAAAAUGAGCCACUUGUAUACAACAACAAUGAGGCACACAAGUUGUUCAAUGAAUUUUUCGUUGGGUCUAAGGAUGUUAUUCUAGAAUCACACAAGGUGCUUACAAUGACCACAGCUACUAUUGAGGAAAAUGACUAUGCUACUGAUGUUGGAAAUGAAGACAACAAUGAGGAGGAAGAAGAAAUUUUUACCAUUGCAAAUGAAAUAAGACAACUGGUUCUUGCAUUUGUGGGAAUACCUCCAUUAUGGAUUGAUUCUACAUUUUCUAGAUUCAGUGACUUUGCCAUGUUUAAUAUGCUACAUAGACUUGGGAUAGUCCGAUGCUCGGAGGAGAUGUCUAGAAUGCUUUCAACCUGCAGAUAUUACCAACUUAUAAACAGAGGUAUAACUGGUCACUUUAGUAGACUUGGUCAUGCUUCACUUAUCUUAACUUUGCUUAUGUUUCCACAAGAUCAAUUCGGAUUAGCGUUUCCAUUUGAUCCUGGCUCUCGUUUACUUACCACAUUCCUUAGAGUUACAAGAAACUCUGUAUUUUGUGUCGCUUCGGAUAACUUGGAUCAUGAUAAGUUAAUUAUGUUAACCUUGUGGAAUUAUUGCAUUUGGAUUGAUACCAGACAAGAUCAAAGUCUUCCUUAUUUUUUGUUGUCUAAAUCGAGAGAGGUUGGUAGGAAAGAGAAAAUACAUGGGUUGCUUGAGGUAUUUUCUGCACGAUAUUCGGAGUAGAUUCCCAAUAUUCUGGUCAACAAAGAUGAUGUGCUGGAUGCCUUCUCGGUUGCUUUUGGUGACGUGGCGACGGAGGAUGUUUGGAGAACAUGUAUCAAAAGAUUCCUUCUUGACGCAAAAAUUGCAGUGACAUACCGUUUUGUGUGCAAUAUUUUCACUAAGGCUCAAUACAGCCUUUCGCCAAACAGGGAUUCUGGCUGGAGCAUGGCUCUUCAACCUUAUUCUUAUUCCUCACCAGGUUUCGUUGUUUCUCUUACCUUUGCAAAUUGUCCAUUUGAUCCUGGUAUAUAUGAUAUUACUCUAUCCUGUGGUGCCAACGAGAAUAUGUUUCAAAAUAGUAGUUUCGUUUAUUCUUAUUUUUUAGUAGUUACAUUGUGGGGUGAACAAGUUUGUGGUCUUGGGCGGCAACAUGUAGGCACUGAUGCAUCUGAACAUUUUAGUAGUUCCUUGGAGUUUUUCUUAGCACUUAAUCACGUAAGUUUAGUGCAACAUAUAUGGAUAAAGCAGUGGAAUGCACUAUUUGAACACAUUCAUUCAGAUUGUGCUUAUAUUUUUAUACUUAAAGAAAGCUAGGCAAUGGAGGGGUCUUGAGCAUAACCCUCUAGUAAAUUUGAUGUCACUAGUUACCAUCGCCUACAGAGGAGGGCGUCUCAGUACACAGUACUAUGGAGGAAAUGAGUAUGUUGGCAUGGUCAAAAGACCAUAUCAGAGUCGACAUAUUGCGCAUGUUUAUCACACUGACAUGGUAAAGUCUUUUAGUGUCUCACAUUUUUUCAAGACCGUGUCAUGAAAAGUUGAUGUGAGCACUGGUUAUAUUGAUUGCAAACAACUGGAGAACUCUGCCACAUUGUUUAGACCAAAGUUUAUUAUUACUAAUGCAAGUGCUUCUGCUCGUCACUAUUAUUAUGCACGUCUCCACAAGGUAUGUAACAAGCAAAAAGUUUUUCUCCUGGCGGAAAUGGCACAUAUCAGUGGCUUGGUUGCUUUUUGGGUCGUUUGUUCUCCAUUUGAAUAUACAACUGAUGUUACAUGUGCUACACAAAUCAUGGAUGCUACAACUUACACUACAGUUGUGUUUGGAAAAAGCUUGUCUGCACUCGAGGGUUGUGGUAAUGAGCGGACUAUCUUUUAUGUUGUUUCCAGGUUGGUGGCUAUUGCAAGAUUUAUACAAGAUCACAUCUUAUUUUUGCCAACACUGCACAGUUUCUCUUGGCUACAAUUGGUGGGGUGCGCGCUACUAACAUUGUUCUUGACUCGAACCUUGAGGACAAGGUUCUUAUUGAGGACAGGAGUAUUGUUGGCCCAAUGUCGAUACCUACACAGAUGUCACACAACUAGUUAUUGGGAUGAGAAGAAGCAAGAGAAUUGGAAGGCCUUUGCAAAGAUUGAUUAGGGACCCAGGCCCAAUUAACAACUAGCUAAAAGGACGACGGAUGAGAAAGAAUGGUUUAUGCCAAUUGUGAAGAAAUUGUCUGUUCUUCCCAUCUUCUUUCUAGAAUCUAAUAUUCUCAUCCCAUUUUUAUAUCUAUCUAAGUUACUUUGUUAUUUCAAUAUUUUCAUUGUAAUUCAGUAAUUUGAGUAUUGUUAUUCACGAAUCUAAAAUUGUAAUCACA